AUGAAGGUGUUUCUGGUUUUGACAACUUUUGCGCUGGCAGCUGCGGUUAAUCCAUUGGAGGACGAUGGUCGCAUCAGUGGUAAGAAUGGUUGGUAUAUACCACAGCCUGAUGGGUCACUUCUUUGGAUGGCCAUUGACGUGGUUACAAAUCUUCUUGCUGAAUUGGCAAACCAAGCAAUAAUCUUAGGACUGCCCAACGACUCGCCUGUCUAUUUCUACCUCUACACCAGGAAAAAUCAAUAUAGCGCACAACAAAUUACCGCUGAUUACGAUUCAAUUUCGAAUUCGAAUUUCAAUGCUGAACAUCCCACCUGUUUUGUGAUUCAUGGCUGGACACAGAGCUAUGAAUCCGAAAUGAACGGACUAAUUCGUGAUGCCUGGCUUUCAAUUAGUGAAUGCAACAUAUUUGUUGUGGAUUGGCCGCGUGCUCGUUCCGUUGAAUAUAUUUCCUCCGUUGCGGCUGUACCCCCUACGGGAAAGGAAGUGGCUCGCAUAAUUGAUUACUUGGUGAAUAAUCAUGCCAUGUCAUUGGAAAUAACCAGAGUGAUCGGUCAUAGUUUGGGUGCACAUGUUGCUGGUUAUUGUGGCAAAAAUGUUUGCUCAGGCAUGCUUCAGGAAAUUUGUGGCUUGGAUCCUGCGCUCCCAUGCUUUAGCUUCGAUAAGCCAAACGAACGACUCAACGAAAACGAUGCCUACUAUGUGAAAUCCAUCCAGACAUGUGGUGGUAGAUUGGGAUUUGAGAAACCAAUUGGCAAGGACGCCCGCUAUCCGAAUGGCGGUAAGGAGCAACCAGGUUGUGAACUUGAUCUGACUGGACGUUGCAGUCACGCACGCUCCUGCGACUACUACGCUGAAGCAGUUCAAGGCAAUAAUUUCCGCUCUAUACGUUGCAAUGACUACGAAGAUGCUGUGAACAAGAAUUGUAGCGGUCCAUACAGUGACGACAAAAUGGGUGCUGUCAACAACUAUGAAUUUGCCAACGGAGUUUUUUAUGUACUUGUACAAAGCUCGCCUCCAUAUGGUGAUUGUAGUUAA